AUGGUGGUGGUGGGUGGUUUGCUAUUGAUGGAGGAGGAGGGUGGUGGUGGUGGUUUGCUAUUAAUGGAGGGUGGUGGUUUGCUAUCAAUGGAGGAGAAUGGUGGUGGUGGGUGGUUUGCUAUUGAUGGAGGAGGAGGGUGUUGGUGGUGGUGGUAUGGUUUGCUAUUAAUGGAGGAGAAUGGUGGUUGUGGUGGUAUGUUAUUGAUGGAGGAGGAGGGUGGUGGUGGUGAUUUGCUAUCAAUGGAGGAGAAUGGUGGUGGUGGGUGGUUUGGUAUUGAUGGAGGAGGAGGGUGGUGGUGGUGGUAUGGUUUGCUAUUACUGGAGGAGAAUGGUGGUGGUGGUGGUUUGCUAUCAAUGGAGGAGAAUGGUGGUGGUGGGUGGUUUGCUAUUGAUGGAGGAGGAGGGUGGUGGUGGUAUGGUUUGCUAUUAAUGGAGGAGAAUGGUGGUGGUGGUGGUAUGCUAUUGAUGGAGGAGGAGGGUGGUGGUGGUGGUGGUGAUUUGCUAUCAAUGGAGGAGAAUGGUGGUGGUGGGUGGUUUGGUAUUGAUGGAGGAGGAGGGUGGUGGUGGUGGUAUGGUUUGCUAUUACUGGAGGAGAAUGGUGGUGGUGGUGGUUUGCUAUCAAUGGAGGAGAAUGGUGGUGAUGGGUGGUUUGCUAUUGAUGGAGGAGGAGGGUGGUGGUGGUAUGGUUUGCUAUUAAUGGAGGAGAAUGGUGGUGGUGGUGGUAUGCUAUUGAUGGAGGAGGAGGGUGGUGGUGGUGGUGGUGAUUUGCUAUCAAUGGAGGAGAAUGGUGGUGGUGGGUGGUUUGGUAUUGAUGGAGGAGGAGGGUGGUGGUGGUGGUGGUAUGGUUUGCUAUUAAUGGAGGAGAAUGGUGGUGGUGGUGGUUUGCUAUCAAUGGAGGAGAAUGGUGGUGAUGGGUGGUUUGCUAUUGAUGGAGGAGGAGGGUGGUGGUGGUAUGGUUUGCUAUUAAUGGAGGAGAAUGGUGGUGGUGGUGGUUUGCCAUCAAUGGAGGAGAAUGGUGGUGGUGGGUGGUUUGCUAUUAAUGGAGGAGGAGGAUGGUGGCGGUGCAGGGAUUUUUUCACCCCUUGA